AUGGGUGGGGAGGGUGGCGUGGGCGGGGCUCUUGAAGACGUAGCACAGGAGGAGCAACCAGGCUACUGUAGCGAUCAUGACGCUAUCAGGAAACGCGCGGUGCAAUUAACGACGCUCAUCAGCCUCCUGGAUACGCGGCGGCACAUCAUACGGACCCGAAAAGUGUUCGAUAUGCAUUUUCUUCUGCUUCUGGCAGGUUUUCUCGUCUAUACGACAGCUCAACCAACGCAGAAUUUCAAUAAGAUUCCAAACUUUCCGUUUCUGCAAGGAGUUAGUGCCCUGGGGCUACAAGAAUUCCAAAAGCUGUUCAACACUCGCGACUUGACGCGCUCACAGUGGGAAGCGAACAUUCUUAGAUGGGCGGAAAAAUUUAAUGUGAAGCAGUCGGUUUUGCAAUUCAAGCAAAAAGUGGAGAAAGAAAAGCAAGCAGCCGAAGAUGAACUCCUAGAAGCGAUGGCAAAACUAAUGCAAUUCUUCAAGGAAUACCAGGAUGUUGGCGAUAACAGCAAAUUGACCUGGAGUCAAGCGGAUGCGAAGAGGCAGGAACUCGUGACAAAGUUGACACCGAAACAGCAGCAGGCGGCCGCAGCGCUCAGCGAAAUCUUCGCUCCCGUCUACGACGAGCAGACGCAGAAGCAGCCCGAGCAGUACGUGCCAGGACCAUAUGGACCUCGUGAACGGCAACAGUACGGUGUUGCAGGCCAACUUUGUAAAUCCGACAACAAAUCCACCAUCGCAUUUUCUACAUUUUCUAUUUCGUGCGGACAUACACCUCUCAGAUUCCGCUUCCUGCACGAUCGAUCGGAGGUUCGAAUCCGCCCUAGUGGUCACCAAGCCCUUCAUCCCUCCGGGGUCGAUAUAUUGGUACCAGACUUGUUUGCGAGGUUAGUCUCGGAAUUGGAUGAUCUAAGUGUGAAAUGGUCAGCGAAAAAACCAGGGGUGUUUGAAGCCAGGAAAGUUAGAAUAUCUUAUUAUUGUUGGCUAAUAAAACAGCAGACCCCAAACGAAGUCAAAAGAGAAAAUCCUCGAAAAUCUCCGUCAACCGUUAGCGUAGCCUGUCUAGACGCUACAUUCUCCUAUUGUUUACCUCCAAGGAUGAUUCUUCGAUUAUCUUGUCUAAUACCACUUACCCUUGCCCAAUUCCACUUCAAUCAAAAUGAUCAAAAUGGUCUGAACGGCGCGAAUCCUUCGUUUCCUCAGGAAGGAAUGUCCAGAGGAGUGGUUAGACAGAUCCUCACCCCUUAUAAUAUCACCUCAAACAGCAACGUCGAGAACAACAGCGGAGUGACGAUUCAGUUCCAGUUGCGAGGCUACUCUAAUCCUCAGUCGGCUUUGCCGAAUGGUUGGACGUGUGUCUGCCCACCGGAGAAAUCUUGUAACUAUUUAAAUCGACCACCAGCAUGCUAUUUCGGAUUCACGUUUAUCAUUUCGGCACCGGACACAUCCGUACGCUACUUCGCAACUGAAUUCGUCACACUCGAUUCCAAUGGUCAGCUACCUGCCAUUCAACGAAAUGGAUGGGAUCAGAACUACGUGGUGCAAUUGCCGAGCAAACCAUCGGCCAUCGACAUUUUCGCGCACCACCUUGGGCCAGUGAUUAACCAGGCCGACGGUUCACUGAUAGCUGUGGAAACGCUCACCCAUGUGGAUACUUUCGUUGUUCCAUUGUCGGAUACGCUUCCAGCUGUCGGUGGAGUUCAGAGUAUGGCUCAACAACAUGCUUAUCAAGGAAAACUGCUUGGAACUACACUCUACCUUUCGUAUUCGAUUUCAUGCACGGGACCAUUUAUUGGACCAGAUUGCGACUUAACAUGCACACCUUCGACGAUAAGUCCCAGUGUUGCGGCUUGUAGAUCCAACAGUACUGGAUUUUUCCAAGUGUGCAGUUUCCAAAGUGGAGGACAAGUUGACAACUGUAAAAACUGCCCAUGGGGUAUCAAGGAGAACACUUAUUGUCAGGACGAAGAGGGAGGCGUUCUGGAUCCGUACUCUGCUAGCGUUGUGGACACUGGUUACCGUACCGCUACCAUUAUACUCGGCAUACUUACCGGAAUUUUCCUGAUUUUGCUGAUCGUAGCACUACUUGCAGUUUGUGUACUAAGACGUCGACAACAACCUGUGGAGAAGGAGAUGACAAGCUUUGACAGGAAUGGCGGGGUCGCCGCAACUCGUCCGCUUUUGUCCGCCACCUACCGCGCUGAUCAGCCAACUCCGCUACCGCGAUCCCAGCCGCCCAGCCUGGACGCCAAGCCUAUAAAGUCAUCUUUGCGCAAAGCAAUGCUGCCACCAGCUACGCUCAAUGAUACUCGUGACACGAGCUUCAACAGUGAUCUCAACCCAACUGGGAUUCGGCCAAGUCGCAGCGAGGUUGUCUAA